AACCUAACUGCGUAUGAGUCGGUUUUCACCGUGUGUAUAUGUAGAGUUUUAAGAGCAGUCAAACAAAAACGUUAAACUGUCGUUUUAAGUAUUUAUUUAUCUUUUUUAUUUUACUAAUUAGUGACAAAAUGUCUAAAAGAAAAAGUGCAAACUUUAAACGUUAUUCUACAAUAGGUAGAUUAAGCUCUAACACAACGGCUAAUCUUAGUGCAAAUUCAAAUGUAUCUAAUACAAACGAUCCUGUAUUUUAUACUCGAAUGGGAACAUUUAAACGAUCCUUAGAUGUCACUCAAACAGGAUCAUUAAGCGAACUUACUCCAGAGUCAAUUUUAGCAGAGGGAACACCACCUAAAAAUUGGUACAAAGAUUUGAAAAAAUAUAAUGAAUCACUGACAGAUUCUCAUAUAAGCCAAACUCGCAGUACAAGAAGAAAUGUACAAUUAAACAACAUGGAAAAAAGCAUUUCAAAAGAUUUAACAAUUGAAUCCGAUUCGGAUAAAUUACCUACUGGAAUAAGGAAAAUUAAUUUGAUGAACGCAUUAAAACUUAAAAAUAACGAUACCACAACUAUGAAAGAAGCAUUAGAAGACGAAUCAACAAAUUCAGAAGUGGUUCUCAAUACCUCAAACAAUUUAGAUUCCGAGAUGUCAAGUAGUGAAAGUAGUUACACAAGAAAGAUGUUCAAGACACAAAAACCAAAAAAGUCUCUGAAAUUGAAAAAUUUCACUUUAAAAAAACAAUCAGGAAAUCCUUUUAAAAAAUUUCUUGAAGAGGAAGAUUCAAGUAGUGAAUUACAAGUUUCUAAUUCACAAGGGCCACAAUCUAUUCGAGCUUCUAAAAAUAUAAAAUUCCAAGAGGAGAAAAAUAAUUCACCCGAUACUGGAGAAAACUCUGUAAAUAAAACAAAAAGUUCAAUAAUGUCUGAAUUCGACAAGUCUUCUGAAUUAAAUUAUUCCGAAAAGUUCCUCAAGAAACGCAAACCACGUACCUUAACAAAAAUUCGAAACGUUGUAAGUAAAUCAACAGAAGAUGCUUUCAAACAGUUUUUUGAUGAUGACAGUUCAAGCGAUGCUUUCAAAGAAAAUCAACGACAAUCCAUGGAUGUUUCAAGCAGAAGAAAAUCAAGUUUUCGCAAAGAAGAAGAAAAUGUCUCUGCAAAUGAAUCAAUUACAUCGCAUAGUCGAAAAGGGAAAACAAUGGAUUUUGAGACAAGCAGAAGAAAAUCAAGUUCUCAUAAAGAAGAAGAUAAUGCGACUGAGAAUGAAUCAACUACAUCACAUAGUCAAAAGAGGAAAACUGUGGAUCUUGAAUCAAGCAUAAAACAAUCAACUUUUCGUAAUGAAGACGAAAAUGCGUCUGCGAAUGAAUCAACUACAUCACAUAGUCAAAAGAGGAAAACUAUGUAUCUUGAAUCAAGCAUAAAACAAUCAACUUUUCGUAAUGAAGACGAAAAUGCGUCUGCGAAUGAAUCAAUGACAUCACAUAGUCGAAAAGAGAAAACAAGGGACCUUGAGACAAGCACAAGAAAAUCAAGUUUUCAUAAAGAAGAAGAUAAUGCGUCUGAGAAUGAAUCAACUACAUCACAUAGUCAAAAGAGGAAGACUAUGGAUCAUGAAUCAAGCAGAAAAAAAUUAACUUUUCGUAAUGAAGACGAAAAUGCGUCUGUGAAUGAAUCAAUGACAUCACAGAGUCGAAAAGGGAAGAUAAUGGAUUUUGAGACAAGCAGAAGAAAAUCAAGUUUUCAUAAAGAAGAAGAUAAUGCGACUGAGAAUGAAUCACAUAGUCAAAAGAGGAAAACUAUGGAUCUCGAAUCAAGCAUAAAACAAUCAACUUUUCGUAAUGAAGACGAAAAUGCGUCUGCGAACGAAUCAAUGACAUCACAUAGUCGAAAAGGGAAAACAAUGGACCUUGAGACAAGCACAAGAAAAUCAGGUUUUCGUAACAAAAAAGAAAAUGCAUCUGCGAAUGAAUCAAUUACAUCAUAUAGUCGAAAAAGGAAGACAUUGGAUCUUGAGACAAGUCACAAUUCACCAAUUGCCAAAAAGAAGAUCUCAUCGACUUUUGGUAAAAGUUCAAAUUCUUCUCACAGUCCAAGUAUAAAAUUAAAGUACACAGAUAAAAGUAAUACAUUUACACAGUCACAAAAAGAAAAAUCAACUGACUCUACGUCAAGUCCGAUUUCAAAUGAAGAUAUCAGAUUAAGUAAAAAUGAAUCCAGGAAUAAUAGAAAAAGUACCAUAUCUCCUGUUGAAGAUUUUCUAAAUAAAUCUACCACUGAAAGUACUUCUAAUCAUUCAAUUAAAGGCAAUACUGUUUCCUUUAUCAACGAACAAAGUGCUACUAACAAUAGUUCAGAAUCAGAAAUUGAUGUGGUAUCACAGAAUGAAGAAUCUGCGAAUAUUAUGAAAAAUGUUCAACUUAAUGACGUUAAUGUCUUAAAGAGUGUACAAGGAAAAGAGUUAAUAAACAUCGUAUCACAAACUAAUAGACACAGUAUUUCAGACACUAACACUAUUGUAAAUUCUCCUAGGAGAAGUUCUCGUUUGAAUAAAAGUAUCGAAUUCGAUAAGCAAUCAUUAUCAAAUCGAUUGAGUCAUUUUAUUGAGGAGCCACAAUUUGAAUCAACAAGAAAAAUAGAUUUCAAUCAAUUAAGACGAAGUCCAAGAAAACGAGAAAGUAUUAGAGAAGCAAGAUUGAGUAAUAUCGAAAAUGCUAAUAAAGAUUCGGGAAUUUUAUCAAAACUAAAAAUACAACCUGAAAAAUAUAAAACAAAAUCAGAUGCCAAAAUUCCAAACCGAGAUCUUUCAGAUGAGGAUAUUCAAGUUACAAAUACAAGUCUGAAAAAUAAGUCAAAUAUUCCCAGUUUUGAAGAGAAAUCCACAACCAAUGAAAUUGAUGAUUUGGAACAUUUAUCAAAGUCAAAGACUUCAAAAGAUAUUGAAGAUAUUCAUUCUGAAAAAUCACUUACCGUUAGUUUAUCAGAGGGAGAGUCACAUGCAAGUAAAACGACCAGUGAUGAAUCUAUCAAGGAACUCUCUUACAGGAGUAGUCAACGUUUGUCGACAAGCUUCACUAAAAGUCCUCAAAAAAAUUUAACACCAGAAAAUGAAAAUACCGCACAAACAAUUAACUCAAAGGAAGAUGAAACCCGAAAGCCAAAAAUUACCAAUUUUGAAAUACUAAAAUCCAACGCUAUUAAUUUAAACAAACUUAAAGGAAAUAAACAAACGGACGAAAAUGAAGCCAAUCUUGAGAGAUCUGACAGUGAAUUGAAAACUCUUUCAAAACGUCCUCGCGUAUCAACGAUUGAAGAAGAAUUUAGCCAAAUGCAUGGAAUUGAAGAUGAACAAGUUCCAUCGACUUCCGAUGGUCGUACACAUAAUUCUCAAAAUCGUUCCAUAAGUGUAAGCAAGUCUUUGACGAUGGAACAAAAUUCUUCUUUGAAAAGUCUACGAAAAACGUUAGAGAGCGAAGAAGAAGAAGAAAAAGAAGAAGAAGAAGAAGAAAGUGAACUUAGUGAGAAUCCUUUAUUGUCCUAUUACCGAGAAGAGGAUUUCAAUGAACAUAAUAUCUCUAAAGAAAAUAGAUCUGAAAGAUCUCUUACUUCUCCAAUGAUUGAAAAGAACAUAAAACAUAAAACUUUUGAGGAAAAUAAAGGUCAAUUAAAACAGAAAAAUAUCAAAGACUUUUUUGAACCAAAAGGAAAAACAUUUUCCUCACCGAAAUUAAUGAAUCAGAACCCUGAAUAUGAAGGUAAUUUAAUGACAGUUACAGAAAUAAUGAAUGAUAAGAAGAAAUUGGAUUUAUUGCUUAAAAUAUUGUCAGAUACUAAAGCUAAGGUAGAAAAUAAAAUAAAAAUAGCAACAAUUAAGGAGGCUAAAGCAAAGGAGGCAGAAGAAAAAAUUGCUAAGUCAAUUCAAAAAAAAGAAAAAAAAGAAAAGAAACCCAAAAAACCAAUACAUUCGGCUUAUUUAGUAAAUGGAAAAGUUUAUAAACAACCAAAACUUCCUAGACCAAUGCCUUGGGCUACAGAUAGAUUAUAUAAGUAUAUUGAAAAACAAAUAGAACCAAAAUAUGGUAUGCAAACUAGAAUAGAAUCAGGAGAAUUUGUUAUUCAUUUGUCUCAAGUUGUUAAAAAAACCAUGAAAACAAAAUUGUUCAAAAAUUAUGAGGAGGAUCUUGAAACUUUAAAGAAGCACAUGGCAAAAAUUGGACUUAUUGUUAAUUAUAAGGAUUUCAUAGAUUUUGUCAUGGAAUAUCUACCAACCAGCUUUCGACUAAAGGUGGUUCCAAUGUUACUGCCUGGUAAUCGUAUGAACAUUCCUUACGAUAAGUCAAAACUUUACACUCCUAUAAAAUUUUAAUAAAUUCAAAUAAAGACUUUUGAUUGCUUAUUAUAUUUUCAAUUGUUUUCGUUUAAUGAUUAUUAUAUUUAUUUUUAUAUUGCAAAAUUCAGAAAUCUAAUGAUAAAGUGUGAAAUCAAAAUUAUAUAAAUUGCGACUGAAGAAUCGUGAAUUUACCAAUAUUGUAAAUAAUUAUUUAAUCAUUUAUUUUGAAUAAUGUUGUUGUCAUUUAACUCAAUGUAUAUAUUUAAAACCUACUAUAGUAUUAGUACCUAUUGUGCUGAUAAUAACUAAUAAAAAAAUUUAUAAUGGUAAUAUGUAAAACUAAAGUUUUGUUUAAUUUUUUUUAAUUCAAAUAAAGACUUUUGAUUGCUUAUUAUAUUUUCAAUUGUUUUCGUUUAAUGAUUAUUAUAUUUAUUUUUAUAUUGCAAAAUUCAGAAAUCUAAUGAUAAAGUGUGAAAUCAAAAUUAUAUAAAUUGCGACUGAAGAAUCGUGAAUUUACCAAUAUUGUAAAUAAUUAUUUAAUCAUUUAUUUUGAAUAAUGUUGUUGUCAUUUAACUCAAUGUAUAUAUUUAAAACCUACUAUAGUAUUAGUACCUAUUGUGCUGAUAAUAACUAAUAAAAAAAUUUAUAAUGGUAAUAUGUAAAACUAAAGUUUUGUUUAAUUUUAAAAUAUAAAAACUAUUUCCAACAUUAAGAGGGUAGGGAAAAUACUAAAUUCUGAUUUUUUUUCGUUUUUAUAAUAAAUUCUUUAUUCCUGGUAUCAGUUUUAAUUAAA